CAUCGAUAUACAAUCCGCUUCUUUGUGUUUCUAUUUCGCUGUGUUUUUUACAAGCUAUUUAUAUGUGUUUCUUCUCUCACAUUUCUCCCCGCCUGCUAAGCUACUCGUAAACUUUCGAAUGCAAACAUACUCGCAUUUUUUCUUAGACAUUUCGUCUUCACUCCACCAACCCUGCGCGCUAUCAGGUAGUCCACCUCCUCACCGCAUCCAACACCAUCAUCACGUCCUGCCCUGAACCAUGAACACCGCCGUGAUCCAGAUCAAGUUCCUCCUGCUCUUCCUUAGCGCUCUGAUGCUGGCCGUGGACCUCACCCUCUUCUGCUUCGUCCAGUACAACAUCCUGCACAUGAGCGUGUUCCAGCCGGAGGCGGCCGUCCAGUCCGCGCACAUAGCCGCCGAAGUGACCACCAUGCUCAACUGCAUCAUGUGCUUCGCCGACUGCUACGUCACCUGCUUCGAGCGGGCCCACAGCAGGCGGCACGUCAAGGCACUGGUGUGCGCCGUCGUGUCCGUCUGCAUCUUCAUGUCCAACACGGCCUCUUACUUCUACAUUGCCGGCGGGAAGAACUCGUUGAAAUACCUGGUGACGCUGGACUAUUUCCAGCAAAUUUCCCACUGCUGUGGGGUCAUCAGCUUUGCUGACUACACGACACUCGGGGUUCCCAUUCCGAAGACCUGUGAGUGCGGCACACACGAGAGCAUCCUGCACUCCUGCACCCGCGGCAAGAAGACCUCGACCGGCGGGCGGUCAUUCGUUGGUGGCAUGAUCGACAUGACCCAGUGGCGGAAAUACAUGGGCGGAGGGUCACCCUCUGACCCCGCCGAGGACGACCGCGAAUCACGCGGAGGGGACGACGAGUACCAGCUGAAAAGGGAGGUGCACGAGGACGGCUGCGAGGAACACCGCAUCAAGUACGUGCACGUGCUGAGCGUCCUUCUCUCCGGCUGCUCGUCUCCACCGUGUCUGUUCAGCCCGGGUCUGUUCAGCUCAGAUCUGUUCAGCCCGGAUCUGUUCAGCGAUGAUUCCAGCGUCUCGCGUCGCGAGCGGGGAAAGGACAGGGCGAGCUCCCAGCAGGACCUGCCCGACGAUCGGCCGGGAUGA